AAAGAAAAAGGACAAGACAAAUUGUUUCAGUGUGCAGCAUGAAUCGGGCAUUUAGCAGAAAGAAAGAUAAAUCAUGGAUGCACACCCCUGAUGCUUUAUCAAAAAACUUCAUUGCCUAUAAUGCUAAGUUUCUUGGCAGCACAGAGGUAGAGCAACCUAAAGGUACUGAAGUUGUGAGGGAUGCAGUGAGAAAGCUUAAGUUCGCAAGACACAUCAAGAAAUCUGAAGGUCAGAAAACUCCAAAGGUUGAACUUCAAAUAUCAAUAUAUGGGGUAAAAAUUAUUGAGCCAAAAACAAAGGAAGUACUACACAACUGCCAGUUACACAGGAUAUCAUUUUGUGCUGAUGAUAAAACAGACAAAAGGAUUUUUACAUUCAUAUGCAAGGAUUCAGAGUCUAAUAAGCACUUGUGUUAUGUGUUCGAUAGCGAGAAGUGUGCUGAAGAGAUAACAUUAACAAUUGGUCAAGCAUUUGAUCUAGCAUAUAGAAAGUUCCUUGAGUCUGGAGGAAAAGAUGUUGAAGCAAGGAAACAAAUAGCAAGCUUGCAAAAAAGGAUUCAGGAACUAGAGACUGAAAAUACAGAAUUAAAAUAUAAAGUCAGAGAUUUGGAGAACCAGUUAAGAAUAAGUGACCCAGGCUCCUCACCUGCUGGCAGCUUGACACCUAAAUCUCCCUCCACUGAUAUUUUUGACAUGGUUCCCUUUACCUCACUUUCCUCUGAAUCAACCAUACCUACACGAAAUGUCACACAGUUUCCACCUCUGCCAAGCAGCUCUACUGAAAUAAAAAAAGAUUUGUUUGGAGCAGAACCAUUUGAUCCAUUUUGCUGUGCUGUGGGUGACUAUACACCAGAUAUACAGUCCAAACUUGAUGAGAUGCAGGUAACGAUUCCGGUGUCCAUUGGUGCGCCCCUCCUACAUCUGAUCUCCGGGGGUACGGGAACAGGGGGUCCAACCUUCGAGCCCCACGUUGGGCGCCAAAUUGUUCUGGUUCUGAUCAAUGGUCAGGAUGGGUUCAAAAUGGGAUUAACUGUGGAAGGAACUGUGUUUUGUCUUGAUCCUGUUGAAAACAGAACCUGAGGCUGUGGAUCCUGUUAUUUUAUAUUAUAAAGGGUACUAAAUACUGAAGAUAUACUGAAGAACUGAAGACACAUGUAGGACAGCUAUAAUUCUUUGAGACAAAAAAAUGUAUCAAUUACAGUAAUGAUACCAGGUAGCGGCAAUCAUUAAUAGUCAUCUGCCAAACAUUUCCUAUACAGACUAAUGAAUUUUAUUCCAUAGGUUCAGAUGACAGUUUAUGGUUUAUUUGUGCUCAUUUAAGAAAUUAUCAUUUUUGUUUAUAGGAUAUUAUUAACAAUCAAAUAUCUGUGUGCAUUUUACUGGAUUGACUAGUAUUCAGUUUAGGAAACAUUGUAACAUAGUAUGGAGUAUAAGUAUGGAGUAUAAGAUAACCUUUUAGCAGGAUAAAUUAACAGAAAAAUAUUAGCAUCUCAUAGUCUGAAUUUGCUGAGGCAUUUGAAACAGCAUAUCCAGUUUUCAGUACAUAGCACCUGUAGCACAAGAAACCAGGAGCACAGAGGAGUCAGCAAUAUACAAUUAAUAAAAUAUACAAAAUAUUUAAUUUUCCAGUAAAUAAGAAAAGGAAAAGCCUGGGUAUAACAAUGGAUGGCUCAGUAGUUGUGGCUCACAUUUUAGUUCCUGAUGAUUGA